CAAAAAUGGAGAACUCUACCCAGGAAUCCCUCCUCAAAUCCGAACAUUCCGUCACCUAUGACUCCUUCUACCCUAUCUACGCCUUGGCCUUCUCUUCCUCCGCCCCAAACCACCACCACCACCGUCUCGCCCUGGGCAGCUUCAUUGAAGAGUACAACAAUCGCGUGGACGUUGUUUCCUUCGACGAAGACACCCUCAACAUAAAAGCCCAGCCCAAUCUCUUCUUCUCUCACCCCUACCCACCAACCAAGCUUGUGUUCCACCCCAACUCCUCCGUCGCCGGAAGAGCCUGCGGCGACCUCCGGCCUCUUCUGCGCAACCUGACCUCAUUCGACUGGAAUGAGGUCGAGCCCCGCAGGAUCGGCACCCCCAGCAUCGACACAACCUGCACAAUUUGGGAUAUCGAACGAGGAGCGGUCGAGACCCAGUUGAUUGCUCACGACAAAGAAGUCUAUGACAUCGCCUGGGCGAAUCAGGGGUAUUCGCCUCUGUCUCGGCAGACGGACGAGGAGCACUCCACGAUUAUCUAUGAGAAUCCUCAGCCCGACACGCCUCUUUUGAGAUUGGCUUGGAACAAGCAGGAUUUGAGGCACAUGGCGACGAUUUUAAAGGACUGCAAUAAGGUUGUGGUAUUGGAUAUUAGGCAGCCGACGAUGCCAGUGGUGGAGCUGGAGAGGCAUCGGGCUAGUGUGAACGCUAUUGCGUGGGCGCCGCAGAGUUGCCGGGAUGCUCUGAUUUGGGAGUUGCCCACGGUUGCUGGACCCAAUGGGAUUGACCCAAUGCCCAUGUACUCUGCUGGAUCGGAGAUUAACGAGCUCCAAUGGUCGGCGACUCUGCCAGAUUGGAUUGGGAUUGCCUUUUCUAACGAAGUGCAGCUCUUGAGAGUU